AUGUCUUCUCCAAGUUUGGGCUGGGAACGAUUGCAGACUGUUUUUUACCGCAGUCGCCCGCUCUUUGCCCUGAAAUGGGAGGAUGUAAACCUGAAAGAUAGCAUGGUGGCAAUUGGGCCCUAUGCUGCUGCAAUUGCUGUGUUUCCACAUACGAUGGGAACAGCGAUAGAGAUCUACUCGGGAUCUGGAUCUCCACUCGCCUCCAUUCCCUGGAACACAAAAGCUGGCAACAUUGCCAGUUUUGGAUGGACAGGGCGGUGCGAGCUAGUGGUGGUUUUACGCCACGGGAAGUACCGUGUGUAUACAGAUUAUGACGGAGAGUUUGAAGAGUACGAUAUAGGAUCUGAGGUUAUCGAUGUCCGGUUUUGGAAUAAUGGGCUUGUCGUGCGCACAAUUGACGGGUUCAAGAGCUUUGCUUAUGGCAACGAUGUUGUAAACGAGUUCCCAAUCGUGGAAGGAUCCAUUGUUGGAUGGGCUAUCAUCCCUCCUGUCUACCACACUCCGCUGAAACUUGUUAUUUCCACUCAGGAUGGGGUUCUGCUGAUAGACCAGCGCAUAAAGGACACCAAGCAGAACGAACAGGGACCGUACAGCCUGAUCUCUGCCUCACCAAAUGGAGACUUUGUGGCACUGUACGGCGAUGGGAGUGUGUUGAUCGUGACAAGCGACUUCACAACCACCUUAAACGUGUUUAGAUGCGAGUCAAGCGUGCCAUUGCAGCUUGAAUGGUGCGGAAACGAUGCUGUGGUGGUAAGCUAUGAAGACGAGAUGCUGCUGAUAGGGCCGUCCGACGAGUCCAUCACCUUCUAUCUAGACUCGCCCGCGAUCGUGCGGCCUGAGGUGGACGGAUUUCUGUAUCUUGACAAUUCCAAUCUGCAAUUUGUCUCCCGAGUCAGCAACUACACAGUCGAGACGUUCAGGAUUGGCUCUACUUCGGCAAGUGCGAUUUUGCUGGAUGCCAUCGAACAGAUCGACCAGCGGUCGCCAAAAGCCAACGAAAACCUGGAAAUCAUAGCGGACAAUCUUGCUGACGCGGUCGACCACUGCAUCCGAGCCGCCUCCGAAGAGUUUGAUCCGUACUGGCAAAAGAAACUUCUGCGAGCAGCUACCUUUGGUAAAACCACUUUAGACAUGUACAACUCCGACGAAUUUGUCGAGACGUGCAACAACCUGCGAAUACUCAACAUUAUCAGACAACCGGAAAUCGGAAUAUUCCUCACAUACAACCAAUUUAUAGAGCUGGGGCUGGAUAGACUGAUAGAUCUGCUUCUUUUGCGCAAAUUACAUUAUCUCUGUCUGAAAAUAGCAGAUUUCAUGAGCUUACCUAAAGACAACAUCUACAUCAACUGGGCGUGUGCCAAGAUCCGCAAAUCAGACCUUAAUAAUGACGAGCUGCUGCAGGAAUUACUCAAAAGACUUCAGGACAAGACUGUUUCUUUCGCACAGAUCGCACAAGCUGCCUACGUCGAAGGCCGUGCAGACCUGGCUACAAAGCUGCUGAGUUUGGAGAAGGAUGUCAGUCUGGCAGUGCCGAUGCUGCUGGAAAUGGACCAGGAUAGCUAUGCGCUCAACAAGGCAGAAGAAAGCAUGGACACAGACUCUAUUCUGUACAUCCUUGUGACCUUGCUAAAUAAGGUUUCAGUGCCCGACUUGCUGAAAAUGCUCAACAGGAAAAAGAAUGCUUCGGGACUUUUCAUUACCCAGCUGGCAUCGCGGGAUCUGCAGCUGUUGAACGACUACUAUUACAAGGAAGACUCGAUAUUUGGAUUGACAAUGGUGAAUCUGCAGAAACUCGCACAGGAAACCGAAAUUGACAGGCAAAAACAGCUGUUGAACAAAGCUUCUCAGACACUGCAGAGAUCGAAGUACAUGAAAACAGAGUCCAAGUGGCUCAAAGACGAGGCUAAAAACCUUGAAAUUAUAGGCCCUAUAGAGUCGGGGCUUAACACCAAGACGUCUUCGCAUUUAGAGCUCUUGGAAAUGCUACUCAAGGCCGAUUUUAAGAAAGCAGUAAAACUACAAAAAGAUCUCAAAAUAUCAGACAAACAGUUCUACUACAAAGUGCUCAAGACAUACAUCCAGCUUCCAGAAAAAAGACGCGAGCUAUAUGACUUUGCCACACAAAAGCAGUCACCUAUAGGCUACGAACCAUUUUACACAGAGUCAUUGAAAGUCGGCGACAAACGACACGCGUCGCUGUAUUUAGGCCAUUGUACAAACAUGCCGUACAAAACCAAAAUCAAAUGUUAUCUUAGCUGUGAUGACCACAAAGGUGCGAUCGAAGAAGCUUUCAAGCGGAAGGAUGCUGAUAUGAUCAGGCUUAUCAAAGAUUUGGCAGGCAACACAGUGCAUAUCCAUCUGGCAGAUGACUACAUCGAACGUCUAACUGGAAGACGCUGA